UAAGCUUGAAGUGGACCUCCCCCUUCUCCUCCCGACGCGGGCUCGGAGGAGUCUGCUUGGCCCCGCUGGGGGAGACGGACGCCGCCGACAUGCGGCGCUUCUGCUUCGACGUGCUGCUGGUGCCCCCGAACGGCGCCGUGGAGGAGGUCGCGGCGCGCGGGCUUGCGCGGGCGCUGGCCCCCGAGGGAGGCGAUGCGGUGACCGUGGACGUCCUCCCUGACCUCGCGGCCGCCUGCGCGUGUGCUCGGAGCGAGGACCUCUGCGCGAUGCUGCAGCGGGUGUACUCGCAGCGCUGCGUCUUGGGCGAGGAGAGCUGCCUGCUGCUCUGCCCUGCGGCGGCGUGGGGCGCGCUGGACGCGCUGGGCAGCUGGUUCCUGGGCCGGACGCCGCGCGCGGCUCCUGGCGCGGCAGCUCCGUGGGAUGGCUUCCCGUGUGAGGGCGUGGCCAGAUGAUGAGUGAACAGGGAUACGACAGGUAGGAGGAGG